AGUUCAACCGACGGAUGGAAGAUGAAUCAAGCGGGACAGGAUUCAACUCGGUUGCGUUUUCAAAUGUUACUGACUUUGCUAGUUCACUUCUUUCAAGGUAAGAGCUACUUUUCAAUGAUAUUGUGCUAUGCUUUUCUAUUUUAAUCGAAGACGAAGAGGAUAUACGGUUAUUAUUAAUUUAACACUGAAAGGCAAUCAAGCGACAUGCUUUUCUUGCAACGAACACGAAAUUUUAGACAACGUGUAAAUACAGCAAAAGAACAUUUUUUAUAUAAAAACUUCGUAUUUUUAGACCAAUUUCAUUUAUUUUCUUUUUCUUUUCCUGCUAUUUAAAGCAAGUCUCUGUCACUGGUUAAUAUUUUUUGAUUGUUAAAUAUAACCCUCUAGUGAACUGUUUGUUUGACAUGGAUGGUCCUUUAGCGUUAGUAUUUGUUAUUCAGGAAAUAUCAAGUGCCUUCAAAACUUGAUCCGUAGAAAAAUCUUAAAUUAUAGACGUUGGAAAUGAUCGUAGUAACAAAGCUCUCCUCGAAACUCCAGAAGGUUUACGGCAUCACUGUCAUCUUCAAGCUAUUUCACCGCUCUGAAUCAGAUCUACUUUCGUUAUCUUAUCAUAUGCUAUUUAACUUCAGCGAAAUCCCAUUAGUUAAGGACCCGCUUCACUUUAUAAUCUUACUCCAAACCUAAUCCUAGUUUAUCUUGGAUUCGUCUGUUUUGAACAGUAAAUAUCACAAUAAGCAUAUCAAUUCAAUGUUUCUCGUUAUUGCAUAAGGAACUUAAAAUUGACUGUCUGUGAUCAAGAGUUAAUGUUAUUUUUCCAUAAUAUGCCAGUUCCUUUAGCGUAAAAUUCUAAGUAAGAAACAGUUGUUGUCAUGUAGUUUUAGUAUAGGUUCCUAAAAAACGCAAAAAAACGGAAAUAAACGCUCGAUAAAAAUGCUAUUUAUCUAUUUAGGAGUGCAUACAGUGUUUGCAGAAGAUACCCGCCAUGCCUACGUCUACACAAUAAGACAUCACGCCAAUUAUGCUUCCUAUAAUUAUGUCAUAGGCGGCAUUAAAUCGGGGAAGAUGUAUUAUGUGAAAUAAAUCUUAAAUUUGCGGGCUCUUUUGUUACGAUAAAUCUCGCAUUUGAUAGCAAUGAAUAAAUGAUUAACACUAAUUUUCUGUUGCAUUAGGAGAAAAAUAUUCUAUUUAGUGGGUAGACGGAAAGAGUGGAACUGGUCUUAAAUAGGAAGGGUAAUUUGCAUGUUAUUUGAUUUCAUUUAAAAUGAACCAAGCAUAAUUUUGGAUUUGGUUUUACAGCGGAUUUCUGCAUUCAUAAAGGCACGGUAUCUAAAAUAGAUGAUGAUUAAUAAAUUGUACAGGAAAUCUGCCUUUUGAUGUACGAGUGCGUACAUGAAUUGCAUUGAUUUUACUCUAAGAAGAGGAUGCCAGCAGGGUAUAGUGUAGUUAAUAGAUGUAAUCUACAAUGUAAAGGUUGUUUUGCACAGUUUAAUGAAAAAUUUAAGAUUUCAUUUAAUUGUCGGGGGAUUGAACUGAUUUUGUAGUUCUUCAACGACAGAGUAAUAAACGCAGUCAGAUAUUUUGAUACAAUUUGUGGUAUCUUGUCAAUCUGUUUUUGUAUUGUUGUUGUUUUUUUUUUACUUUUGACAUAUGAGAUGGUGAAAUUGUGAAAUCGUGAAAUAUAUUGAAUCAAUUAUAAAUUUUCCCAAUUAUAAAAACCCUGACUUCAAAAUACAUUACCAUUUGUAAAGGCAAAGCUUAAAAAAAAAAAAAGUUUUCAUCACUUUUUAGAAACUCACUCCUCUUAUGUGGUCUACGAAGUACUUGAUAUACCUAAAGUUACUUGGAAUGCAGCAGUUAUUGCAAUUGACUAUCCCCCGGCAAGAAUUUCCAGUAUAGAACAGCUUUGUGACGUGCAACCCGACUUAUCCCUCGAUUCUGCUUACUGGACUGCUCUAAAACUCAAUAGCAAUGGUUCGUUUCAAUGGGGGCGUGUACCUUAUAUCUCAGCUCAGGUACCCUUAGAACUCCUGGAUAACACAACAUCAUUGGACCGUUGUUAUGCCAUAAGUAACUCUGCGAUGAAGCUGAAGUCGAUGGAUUGCAGCGUUAGACUUCCUGUUGUAGUCUCCUAUAUCGGUGAGGUCUACCAAUCUUUAUCAAUAUUUACAUGGCUUCGAUAACAUUUGCCUAAAUAUCAACGUGUAGCUUCGUAGCUCAGCAAUUAUGUCAUACUUCUGUAAUGUAAUUUCUUUUAAAUGCAGCUUUCUUACGAAGAUUUUCUUCUGUACCAGUUAAUCAUUAAUGUUAAGAAUUACAGUCAGCUCAUUCCAAAACCCCAAAAGAAACCUUGACAUAACAUUAUUGUCAAUUUGGACUCGCUAAAUUACCAUAAAAAGUAGCUGGUCUACACGUCUUUAUUAAUCUGUAAAUGAAUUACGAAGACAACUUUGCGUUCGUUUUUACCACUCUUUUAUCAACUAACGUAUUGAAAACUGUGAAAAAAACCCUACGUGUUAUUCACUUCUGGGAGCUCAAGGGUUUCACCGACGUGUAGCAAACAAAACUGACCCCAUUGCUAAUCAUUCAUUUUUCUUUAACAAUUAUAGAUGAUUCCGAUCCGAAUGGUAUUAUGCCUAAUUAUACAGAUGAUUGCCGCCAAUAUCUGGUAAAUAAAGAUCAUGGUUUAUUCAGUGGCUUUGUGUAUUCGCGAACAAAUUAAGAUUUACCAAUAUUAUGCGUUGAAUUCAUAAGUUGACUCCAAUCAAACGUUUCCUUUUUCAUGCAGCUUUCAAAGUGCUCACGAAGUAAAGGAACUCGUUCAAAAUUGCAGGUAAAAUACAUUCAUACACUUUUAAAAAAAAGUAUUCUUACUCCCAACCAAAUAGAGCAUCAUCUGUGAUUUCAAUUUAAGCAAACUAUUCCAAUUCAGCUGGUUGCAUUUAGCAAAAUUAACCCUUUAACUGUUCAUGCUUCUCCUGUUGUAUCAAAGGCGUUACAAUAUUCCUGGUCUUGUGAAGAGCAUAAUAGUACAUUGGUCGGUAGCUGCCAAAUCGAGGACACACUCCUGAACUGCUGUCAAAACUAUUGUAGAGAAGGGAAUGAUAUUUAUUUCAUAGAUAUGGGAUCAGGUUUGGGUAAGUACGUAUUGUGUCAACAUGGGUCUUAAUUUCUGUAUCAUUGAUAAAAAUGAUAUGGUAUGGUAAAAACGUACGACAUACGACAAAAGAAAUAGGAGUCCUCUUCAAUAAACCCGUCAGAUUUUAAGUCAACUCAAUGAAAUAUUUAGGAAAAUCCUCUGAAUCAUUCGGUCGCUUAAGAUCAAAUUCCGAGACGAUUGCUGCCAAAAUAAAGCCUACUUUUUGUCUUGAAAUGGGUUCCAAAUGUGGCUGUCAUGAUGGCCGCCAUCUUGGAUCACAUCACGAAUUCUGUCGCGUCAUAGCCCACGAUAAAAGGCUUAUUUGGUAAAGUUCGUCGUUCUCUAUGUAUUAAUUUUCUGAUUUUUUUUUCUCUGAAAUAUCAUAGAUACUAAGUUGAGAAAAGUGCCGAAAGGAAUUUCCACUGAUAUUGAAAUAAGUUUUGAUACAAAUAACAACAGUAAUGAAAGCCGAUUGGUCAGAAUUAUUAUCACCCACAAAGUGUUUAAAGACGCAGGUAAAUAUUGAAGUUUCUUCUGAGCGCACACAUUUAUUAUCAUCUGGUGUUUAAAAAAUAGCGAAGUUAUCAUUUGUGUUCUGUAGGCAAGCUUCUACUCACGUAGUUUUUUUUUUUUCGGCCAUUCUUCCAGGAAGGGUUAUCGCAGUAUUGUUGCACCAGAAGGCAAGUAAUGAAGACAGCCUUUGGACUUAUAACAGAAGCAGGUACGAAUUCGUUAGUUCACAUGAACCCAUUAGGUGUGUGUUAAGAGAGCCCUUUCUGGAUGAGUGGAAAAUUACUGUUGGAAUUGUUUGUUCUUCAAUAGCGACUCAAGGGAGGGCGUAAAUAGGAGGAGAUUUUCAAAUGCUAAAACUUUACCGGUACCGGUAAACAGCACUUUAUAUUUAGAAAACUCCUUUGAACUUUAGGUUUUCAGUUUUCAAAUUAACGUUGUCAGAUUCUUGAGGGGAAAAUGGCAGGAAAUGGUCAGGCAAUUUCAGGAUCUAUAUUCAUGUAAGAUUAGUUACUAAUGAGAUCGAGCAUUUUUUGAUUGAGUGUCGUAAAACAAAAAACAAAAAUACCCUUUAGUAACCAAUAAGAACUCAAACUAAAACCAAAAAUACCCUUUAGUAACCAAUAAGAACUCAAACUAAAACCAAAAAUACCCUUUAGUAACCAAUGAGAACUCAAACUAAAACCAAGAAAACUGCCCAAUUCAUCUUAAGGGAAAACGCAGAGGACAAAAUAAUUAUUGUUAUUAGUUUUGCAUGCGAUUGGUUGAGAGGGUGGUGCAAGUUUUCCAGAAAAAUCACAAUGCAGAGCGAAGCAAAAAUAUACAAUCCCGGAUUGGAUAUUUGACACUCAACUUCUCUAAUAAUCACACAAUUUUGUUAUGUUGUCUUUGUAGCUACAGACUGAUCUCUGAUGUCGUGGGAGUUGUUCUUGACCCUCCCCAGAAUGAAACUAUUCAAAAUAAAAUCAUCAUUCAUUUUAGUCACAACGAGGUAAAAUAAACUGUAUUGUUUUUUGAUGCAAUUAUCGGCUAGAGAAUUAGGAUUGUAAUUGGGCUUAGAUGGAAAAAGUAGUAUAAUUCAUCACGUGGACCAUUUCAUAUCAUAACGUCAUUACGCUUCUUUCGCCGGUAGCCGAGCAUUGAUCCAAAAGCUGUUGAAAGGAAAUGUGUCUUCUGGACGGACGAUUUCAGGUAGGUCAUUUUAAUUAUUCCAUCAAUCUGUUGGUAUAUAUAUUUAUAUACUUGUUUGCAUUUGGUGCUCGUGAAAGUUCUUUACUUUUUUCUUUGCCUCUUUCUCUCUUUCUUAUUCAAAUUUUAUGAUCAACUGAUUUUUAGCUCGUCGAACGGUUCAUGGUCAACUGCUGGUUGCACGGUACUGAAUGACUCUUCGAUGCUAUCGACCGUUUGCAGUUGUAACCACCUCACGAAUUUCGCAGUUCUAAUGCAAUACAAGGACAUUGAGGUGUGAUGUUAUAAACGUUCUUUUCAAUUGUCUUAAUUAGCUUUGUCGGGAACUAAGAAAAAAAAAACACGUGUGUCGCUUAUGCACAUCCUCCUAAAGUUAUUUGUCGUUCUCGUGAUUGCGUCUCGAAUUUUUUUUUUGGCAUUUUCUAAGCUUAUUGCAUUCUCCCCCUUUAUUCGUUUAUGGACGGACUAAUCAUGGAGAAAGUUCCAUGUUUAACGAAGUCAAAACUUGUUAGUCAUAAUUUCCAAACCAGUUUCCAAUUUUUAUCUCAUUUCCGUGAUUCUCAGGAGGAUAACAUUCCAUCCGAGCACAGAAGGGCAUUGCUCAUCAUCACCUAUAUUGGUUGCUCCAUGUCCCUCGUUGGGGAAGUAAUGGUUAUCUUCGUCUACGUGACAUUUAUGUGAGUGCUACUAAAAAACAAAAAACAAAAGCAAAAAAAAAGAAGAAAAAAUGUCUUACGUAUACAUAAGAGCAAGGUAAAUCUCUAGAUUCGUAAAUUACUAUCAAAGUGCGAGAAAUAUUAUUUUGCAGAACGCGCUAGUUGUCUGGUUUUGUUUUGUUCCUAAAAAAAUUGUUUUAAGACGAUAUUAGUAAUUAAGGAACCAUUGCACUAAAAUAUCUCGUUUUUUUUCGACUGAAGUUGAGGUAUUUUGACACAGAAAUACCUAUUAAUAUAAACUUUUAAACAUCUUUCAUAGUAAUGGAAUACAAGCAGAGAACAACCCAAUAAUAUAUUACAAACCAUAUAGGCACCUUUCUUCCAUUCCUCCCCAGUAGCGUUUGCUCUAGACUACUAGGUGGAUGCGAGGAAAAAUGUCAUGCCCAUUUCGUUCAUUAAAUACAUUUGAACAGGAAGAUCAAAGCAGAAGGAAUCCAAGUCAGGCUGAAUCUUUGCACUGCUCUGUUUCUUGCUCAACUAGUAUUUUUGUCCGGAAUCGAGGCCACGAGUAAUAAGGUGAGCUAACAAACGUUUGAAAUCACAUAUUUCUUCGUUCUUCGUAAGCGACGAACACCUACUGCCUAAGGUGAUCUCUUCUGAGAUAGCAUCACGUUAUUCCCGUUUCGAAAACCAAUCCUCUCGAAUCUCUCCAGGAUGAACUGAGCAUCUCGUAAGGCGUUAUAUGUACAACACUAAGAGAGAAUUUCUACUAGAAAUUUCAAGACAUGUUUUCGCUGGAUAUUUGGCUCUCGCUACUUCAGUCUACACUAUUGCGUAUUUCUAGAAGACGAGUUCCCUUGUCCGGAACCAAUUUUGGUCUAAGAUCUCCAUGAAGUACUUAGUCUCUUGGCCUGAUAUUUCAUCGGAGCUUCUAAUUAUCAGCCUAAUUCUGGGUCUCACAUUUCAGUCCGUGUGCAUCUUAGUGGCUGUUUUACUCCACUACUUCUAUCUGGCAGCGUUUGGGUGGAUGCUUCUGGAGGGAGUUUUCCUGUACGUAAUGAUUGUUGAAGUAUUCAACACAGUGGACAUGCGACACCUCUAUUUCUUUGGCUGGGGUAAGAAAUGUAACAAUGUCAUUGCUACGGUGAUGAAAAUAAUGACGGUGAUAUCUACUUGUAUACCACAAAAUAUCGCACGAGUCGCUAUUAGCCACAAGUGAAAAGAGGAAUAUUCCUUGGUAUAGCGAUGCAUGUUUCAUGUGAAAGAGAAUACUGAGGCCAGUACAACCACUGCAACGCAUGAUAGGAACGGACCUUCUUGUAUUCUGGUUGACCGUAUCUUGUCUGUUGUUGUUGUUUUUUCUUUUGUUGUUGUUGUUAUUUUUGUUGUUGUAAUUAUUUUUGUUGUUGUUAUUUUUUUGCUGUUAUUGAUUUGUUAUUGUUUUUGUAGUACUCCCUCAUCCUGUUGAACUGAUUUUUUUCAUUUUAAACUCUUGUAGGCCUAUGUGUUCUUGAGUUAUUGAGCAGCUUCCAUUCUUAUCCUAUAGGUUUCCCUAUCUUACCAAUAGUUAUUUCUCUAAUAAUUGGCUCAGGCGGUGAAAAAGGACUUGAGAGUUACACAAAUGAAAACUAGUAAGUACGCGGCGUUUUAUUCUUCAUUAUAACUUUUUAUUUCCAUUAGAUACUGUCACAUAAGCUGCGUUUUUAGACAGUUCUGUCGUCUGAAUUAACUUUCAGCUGCUGGUUGUCCUUCCAGAAGCGUUUGAGCUGGGCCUUUAUUGUCCCUGUGUUAUUUGUGACAAUUGUAAGUCCACCGUCUUUGCUUUCACUGUUAUCUUACCUGAAAGCCAGAAAUGACAAAAACGAAGAAUGAACAGUAAAUGAAUAAAUGAAAGAAGGAUCAAUAAAUGAAAAAAUUGAUGAAUGCGUUAAUCAUAUUCUGACUGACUGACUAACUGACUUGCUGACUGACUUGGUGACACAUCUACUAUGAAUGACAUCUAGACAUGUGGUUAAAGCCUUUAUUUUACUUUUCUCGUUUGUUAAGAUCAACUUCGUAAUACUCAUGGCGGUGUUGCGAGAAGUCAGAAAUCUCCAUGAGCCUAAUCCUUCAAAAAUGAAGACCGUCAGGUAUGUUUUUGUUAGGAAGACCCGUCUGCGGUGGCAUGGUAACUAAGGUAGACGACAAUAAAAACUUCUUAAAUUCUUUAGAGUUUCAGAGGCAAAAUGCCACCUAAUGAUCAUCUUUCCUCAAAAUAUGCCUUCUCUUAUACCAACAUAAAUGAAAUACUAACUUACUAGCAGAAUUAUUAACUUGUGCUCGUACAGCUCUUAAAUUUAUCUAAAUCAAAGGUUAAUCAGCCAGGGGAUCUGUUUGUUGUUGUUGUUGUUGUUGUUUUUUUCAUGAAGUUUUAGAUGAAGUAGUUUGACAUGAAAUCGUUUUGCCUUUUUUCCUUAGACCUUCAUGGAUUAUUCGCAAAAGAGAAUCUUUUCCAUUAUUCACUCAUGAUUAAAUAGAUAGUUCGAACGAUUUCUCUUUAUUCCAGUUAAAUAAUUCUCCAUGCGAAAUGUAUAUAGCAUGGUAUAUCUCCAGAAGAAAAUUGUAACGUGAAAGCAGUUUUGUGUUUUAUUCCCUUUUAGAAAAACUCUGAAGUCAUUUCUUAUUUUAAGUCCUCUGCUGGGUUUAACGUGGGUAUUUGGUCUCUUGGCUGUAACAGACGCAGGAUUGGUGUUCCAGUAUGUUUUUACCAUUCUUAACUCUUCACAGGUCUGUACCAAUUACUUAUACGCAUGUCUGUAAGUUGGCCGCUUUGGUCAAAUGGGUCUGGGUCUGAGUGUAAAAGGGCUAUGGGAAAACCAUUUUAAUCCCACACUUCAUUUAUCGAUUUGGAUCACGAGGCCUUCGGUUAAGAAAAUAGUCUGUUUAUUUUAUCGGAUUUUGAUAAAAUUGAGUUUAUACGAGGAAUUAUAGUUCAAUAAAGGAACCUUGUCAAACACAAGAUUUCCUUUUACUUUUGUAGGGUAUGCUCAUAUUUCUCUUGCACGUGCUGAGAAAUAGUGAAGUUCGUGCAGCUUUCCAUCACAAAGUGCUGAAAUGGAGAUUCAACAUAUUUCACAGCAGCUCUUCCGGUCGUAGUCAGGUAGAGGUGUAUGCGCAGUACGGUGGCAAGCGGAAGAGGCAAAUAGACCCUGAAGAAACUAAAAAGGAGCUGAAUCAUAACACAACAUCAAAAGAGCAGAUAGCAUUUAUCAUCAGGCUACCUCCUCCGAGCGUUCACUAA